AUGAAUGUUAUGGUUAGUAAAAAAGGAGUGGCGCCUACUCACUUACUUUUCGCGGAUGAUAUCCUUAUUUUCUGCAAAGGUAAUCUUCAUAGUUUGCAAAAUUUGAAGAAUAUGCUUGUUUUGUAUGAACGUGCGUCUGGUCAGUGUGUAAACUAUGCAAAGAGCAAGUUUUAUUUUGGAGGUGAUAGAAUUUCUCGUGCUAUUGCUAUUUAUAACUAUUUGGGUAUGGAGAGAGCUAUGUUUCCGGAUAAAUACUUAGGUAUUCAAUUGAAACCUGGAAUUGUUCGGCAUAUUCAUGUUCGCCAAGUGGUUGAGAAGAUUAUGGACAAGUUGGCGGGCUGGAAAGGUAAAAUUUUAUCAUUUCAAGCGAGGCUUUUUCUAAUGAAGUCGGUGAUUUCUAGUUAUGUUAUUCAUUUUAUGGUUGUUUAUAAGUGGCCAUGCACGAUUAUUAAGCAAGUUGAGAGGGCCAUUAGAAAUUUUCUUUGGUCCGGGGAUGCUGAGAAACGUAAUAUUUUACGGUUCUAUAUGAUGAUCUAUGUCUCUCAAAGCGUGAAGGUGGUCUUGGCAUUAAGAAGUUAA